CUCUGUGAACGACAGCAGCAGGUUAUUUAAGACCAAUGGCAUCUGCAAAUCAAGAUGUGAGGAUUGUUCUCCUGGGUAAAACUGGAGCGGGAAAGAGUUCGACAGGAAACACCAUCCUGGGUCAAGUGCGUUUUCAUACAAAAUUAUCAUCAAAAUCAGUUAUUAACACCUGUGAGAGGCAAGAAAUAGUGAAGGGUGGAAGAAGAAUCUCAGUCAUUGACACUCCAGGACUAUUGGAUACAAAUAAGUCAGAACGAGACAUAAAGGUCGAAAUAGCAAGAUGUGUCUCCAUGUCUGCUCCUGGUCCUCGUGUGUUUCUGCUGGUCAUCAGACUGGCUGUGAGAUUCACAGACGAAGAGAGAGACGCAGUGAAAUGGAUUCAGAAGAACUUUGGAGAAGAAGCUACUCGUUACACCAUCGUUCUGUUCACUCACGCUGAUGAAUUAAAGGAUCAAUCAUUAGAUAAGUAUAUCAGAGAAAAUAUUCAUAUCCAAAGACUUGUUAAUAACUGUGGUGGAAGAUUUCACUCAUUUAACAAUCGGGACAUAUGGAACUCCAAUCAGGUCACUGAACUGAUGAAGAAGAUUGAGCAGAUGAUGAGGAACAAUAGUUAUGAAAUGUAUAAACCAGGUAGGGCACUAGCACUAAGCAUAUUACUACUAAAUGGAGGAGGAGGAGGCGACAGAGACGGCGACGCUGACGGUGACAAAGGAGGACAGCAUUACAACACACAGAUGUAUAAACAAGCCCAGCAAAAGAUUGAAAAGGAAGCUUUUCAACAAAAAGAGACAGACUUUACAAAAGUAGUCCUAGUUUUAGGAGGAUUAACACUAUUAGUAGCAGGACCAGCAUUAAUAUCAGCAGCAGGACCAGCAGUAGUGUUUAAAACACUAGGAGCAAUGGCUUUAUUGUAAACAGUAACAGCAGCAGCAAGUUUGAAAUCUGUUAAAUGUUUUUUUUUUAAGUUAGAAGAUUACACUGUACACUCAUUGUCUUCUCUUCACAGUCAGUUUACACAUUUCUCACCACAU